AAGAGAACAGGUGUCACACCUUCACCUGGGAGCCUGUUAGGAAAAAAGGAGAGGUACCUGAACAAGAAACUGCACCAGAUCUUCCAAGGAACUACACAUCCUCCGCUUGUUCGAUUGUUCUCCUAUUAUUUCAAAGAAGGCUACAAAGAAGAAGGUCUUCAGGUAUGGACAACAGACUAGUCCUCACUGUCCUGUUUGUUGUGCUCUCCUGGGCAUCUAUGGGCACGUAUGCUCAGAUGACAAACACGACACAAAGCCCCAUGACAGUCAACAUGACCAUGAAUGGGACAGGCAGCAACAUGACAACCCCCGGAGCAACCCCCAUGCAAGGCAACAUGACAACCCCCAUGCCAGGCAACAUGACAACCCCCGUGCCAGGCAACAUGACAACCCCCGUGGGAGGCAACAUGACAACCCCAAUGGCAAGCAACAUGACAACCCCCAUGGCAGGCAACAUGACAACACCCGUGGCAAGCAACAUGACAACCCCCGUGACAACCCCCAUGGCACCCACCUUACCAGGAGAACAACCAGUGGUAGAUCUACCUACAAAUAUUUCCAGGGAACAGUGUGGUAAUCAGCAGCUCUGUGCAUCUGAGCCUGCUGACUGUAACCCCUCCACAGGAUCCUGCUUCUUUCUUGGUGUGCAGCAGAACAAUUCAACGUUUCUGUUUAAUCUGGCAGGAGAGUCAGACGGCUACAUUGCUGCCUCCCUGUCAGCUCCUGGUCAGACUGGUGGUGCCACAACCUACAUCUGUGCAAGAAGCAGUAUGGGUAGUGCUGUUAGAUUCUUUGCUGCUCGCCUCAAUAACAACAACCAGCUGACACUGGCAAACCUGCCCGCGAGCUCUGUGAGGGGCAGAGCCAAUGGAAGAAUAAUCCAGUGCACAUUUGCUGCCUCACCAGCAGCUGUUGUUAGAGCAUCACAAUUCGCCCUCGCAAUCGCCACUGGACCUAUCGACACUUCUGGAACUCUGGGAGCACCCGUCCUCCAACUACGGACCGCUCCUCUAGACCUGGCAAAUCCUAAUGCCACUGUCAUCAGACUCCCUGCCAUACUCCCCUUGACAGCGGCAGCUCUUACGACACCGAUUUCUAAUCAAGGAUGUGGGUCAACAAAGCUCUGUGCUGAUGAACCCGAUGGCUGCAACCCCUCCUCAUCAGGCGCCUGCACCUUUUUUUCUGCCAGGCAGCAGAGUGGUCAAACGUUCAAUUUUGAGCUUUCCGGACCGACAAAUGGCUAUGUUGCUGCCGCCUUGGCACCAAGUUCUAACGCACUGCCGACCAGUGUCACGGCCUUCGUCUGUGCAAACAACAAUAAUUCUGUUGCAUUUUUGUCCGGUCUCCUGAACUUAACUCAGAUAUCUUUGGUACAGCCGGUGAACAUAACCUCUGUGAAUGGAAGUGUCAACAAUAACGAAAUCCAGUGCACAUUCACGGCUUCUGUACCAGAGUCUCCCGCCGCCACUAGAGCAGCAUUGUUCUCAAUCAUAGUCGUCACAGGAAAUUUCAACUCAACUACUCUAGGGGUGGAAUCUUCCAAUCUUCAAAUAAGGACCAACGUUGUAAACCUGACAGAUCCUACUGCCAAUGUCACCAAUUUGCUUACUGCCAAUAGCAGUAGCACUGCAAUCGCAUUCCACCAACCAGUGGCGCUGACUCUGCUGUUCACUGCGGGUGUCCUGGGUCUGACCAUGCUAUGAGGAAACUGAAUCACAUCAUCACAAAAACCUAACCUUCCUAUCUAUAAAUUCUGAAAGAUUCAUACACAUAGAAAGUUUAUCAUACACAGCAUAUCCCAGAUUGGUACGAUUCGUUUUGCAUUAUGUCACCACAAGUGACAGCAGAAGGACGUGACGAGGACUGUCGGCCUUCCACGAAUUUCUGACUGCUGUAAAGAAACAAACGAACAGGAACAUUCAUUCAUUUUCAGGAGUUUAAGGUGAUUAUUUUUCCGAACAACAGGACUGCUGGAUUUCUGUCCCAUAUGUCAGGUGUUAAACAUUCUUUAAAAUAUCUGAAACAUGGUAUGGAAGAGAAGCACCAUUAGGAUAAUCAACCAAUGACAACUCACCAGAAAAUCUUCCGGCCUUCAAACAGCAGAUGUCACAGUUUACACAAAUUUAGGGUUUGAGGUCUGGUUACCUUCGAAGCCCACAUUACUAGUACCAGGUAGUAAAACACCUCAUGACUUGUUAACUUUAUGUUAAUCACUAGAAACAAAUGCCCAAGAGUGUGUGAAUGUUAAAAUUUGGCUGUAUAUUAUCCUUUUAAUUAUCCUUGGAGCAGAUCAGUGUGCUGUUAUGAAAACACUUCACCUGUAUCACUGCAUCAUUCUCUCCUUUUCUGUUAAUUACAAUGAAGUGAGCAAAUGGUUUUACAUUAUGGCCAGCGUGCAUGUUGUUGAUUAUGUUAUUGUGUUCAUUAACAAUGAAGCCUUUACCGGCUGAUAUUGAUGCUUGUAAAGAACACUACACGUGAAACAAAAUAUCAGUGAAACUACUUCUGCACAAUACAUUCUGUAACAAAUUGUUUUUAUUACAUUUUUUUUGAAAAUGAAUAAAUAUUUAACUCAAAACUGU